AUGGAGCAUCUUGAAAAAGUUUUCCGCUGGCUGGGGUUUGAGGUGGUGGCGCACAGAAAUAAAACUGCGGCUGAAAUGAAGAAUCUCCUCAAGGACGUGGGGAAGACAGUAGAUGGAGACUGCUUUGUAUGCUGCAUCCUCUCCCAUGGCUUAAAGGAAGGGGUCUAUGGAACCGAUGGAGCUGUUAUUUCUGUUGAUGAAAUACGAGAGCCUUUCAAUGGCAAUAACUGCCAGAGGCUAGUCGGCAAGCCCAAGAUGUUUUUCAUACAGGCAUGUCGUGGGAAAAGAAAUCAAGAUCAUGUGCUAGUCCAAGCGGAUUCUUCAGAAGAUGGAGAGUCAGAGAUGGAGGUGGAUGGUGAUGAUUUUGAUAUCACAAUCCCGGCUGACACGGAUUUCCUCAUUGCCAGGUCAGCCACUGAUGGUCACCUUUCUUAUAGAAGGCCAGAAGAGGGCUCCUGGUUUAUUCAGUCACUUUGCCGAAACCUAGAGCAACAUUGUCCACUGGGUACAGACAUCCAGACAGUCCUGCUUUGUGUGAAUAAUGAGGUUAGCAGUCAGGGAUUCAAGUGCAAACAGAUGCCCGUCCAUGAAGUCGCCAUGAGGAAGAAACUGGUCCUGCUGCCACCAUGAACCACUGCAAGCUCCUGCAGUGUACAGCAUGGCUUCAUCAUGGUUUUAUAGGAUAAUUUUUAGGAUAAAGGGAAUCUUUACUCUUACAUUCCUGCAUCUUUGUUGAUGUUCUUCAAGGGAAGUUUUUUUGUUUUUAAAUCUGGACCGGGACUGUUUACUUCAAGGGAAUCAUGAGCCAUUUGAGAUUUGUUUUUCAAGUUUUCUAAGUAACUUUUUGAUAAAAAUAAUUACUGCA